GGCAACAUUCUAAAACGCUCUUGCGGUAUGGUGUCGGUCUAAAUUCAAAACAAAUAGCAUCAUGUGUACACUUUUGAUAGCCUAGCAUAGGAAAUAAGAAGUUAACCAAUAUUGCCAACACGUGUGUAAGGUGUAGAUUAUAGACUAACCUAAACAGAACAUGAUGCUGUGAUCUUGACUGACAUCUACACUGUCAUCUUAGCAAGUAAUUAACUUCCUUAAUCAUCAUGCCAGCCACAAACGAUAAAUAUGUCUGCAAGACUAAGGAAAGGACAUCAAGCUAUAACUUACAAGAUAUUUCUAGCAGCCAGUUCUCACAAUCUAAUGAUGUAAUGAGCUAUGAAGACCUUCUUAUUGCACAAUAUCUUGAAGAACUUAAGAAACAAAGAAACAAUAAAAAACGAUCAAAGAAUGCUGCCAAGUUGCAGUCACCCUACCUGCAGAAAUUCCCCCAGGGCGACCACUUGCCAAAUACCUCAUCAUCGGCAGGCAAACGACCUAUAUCCGCAUCGGUUGCCGGACGUAAUGGUGCGAGGGAGAAGAGAAGGAUAGAUAUGAAAUAUAAGGAAGACCCAUCCCAAUGGGAAAGCAAAUCAGUAGAAGGUUCUGAACAGAAGAGGCGAUCAAGGCCAACAAGUGCUCCUGUCUCUCAAAAUAGAAGACGUCCAAUGAGUGCAAAAUCAUCAAUGUCUGUGAUGUCGCAAAGAUCAUCAAGAUCAUUUAAAAGCUUGUACAAGCAGCAACCAAGUGUCAUCAAAGCACUGGCGUAUAAGAAUGGUUCCCGUCAUGAAGCGGUUACUGUCACGGCACCUACUAUGAAGCUGUUCCUGGAGGCAUGUACAUUGAAGUUGGGUCUAUUGACUGCUGCUAGGAAAGUUUACCUUCCCGAUGGAUCUGAAGUCAAGGACGGAAAGAUGAUAGCACGGGAUGCCGAGGUCUACAUCUCCUGUGGGGAACCAUUUAAAGACCCUUAUGCAUCAGUCACAGGUGAUGUUCAUCGGAAGAUACAUGCGGCAUGGACAGUUAAUGGAGUGGUCAUUCCUCCUGAAGAUCGCAAGAAGAAAACCAAAGCAACACUAUCAAAGAGAAUGAGGAAAAUGUUGGCUUCUAACGCACGUCGAGUAAUAGUGUUUCGAAAUGGAGAUGGGGUAGAACCCGUUGAAGCUUUAGCAACUCCUGACAAGUUUGAGAAGUUCCUUGAUGUUUGUACCAUGCGUCUGGGAAUGAACUCACCAGCAAAGGUCAUCUAUUCGUGGGAUGGCAAAGUCAUUGAAGAUAUUAAUAACAUAAACCAGCUGGAUAAAUGUCUUCAGAUGAGUGCCACACCUGCCUAUGGACCUGUUUGGAUAUCAAAAGGCGAAGGGUUUAGCCCAAAGGGAUCUAAAGAUUACCUGCGGAAUUCAGUCCUGUAUUGUGAACAGCAGAUUAAGAAUGCGAAGAAGUAUAAAGAGCAGUUACAGUUUGCCAUUGAUGAAGAGGAUGAAAAAGUGACAGCAGUUCUUGUGCUCUCACUCUCAGAAGAAGAACGCCAUGAGAGCAUGAAUGAAGCCAACCAAGGCAUCCAGGAUUUCAGCUGUACUAAGGAUAUGCUUAAAAAAAACCUUAAACAAAUUUCAGAAUUAGUUCAAGAUGAAGAGAUUGAAGGAUAUAGCUACACAAUGAAACACAUUAAGACGCUGGAUUCAACACACAGACUUGUGGGAAUGCAUGGAAUUCGCUUGAAAGUAUAUGAGAAUGGUUUCAGCGACAAGGAGGAAACCAUUUUCUUCAACAUCAAAGAGGCUUACAAGGGAUGCAGUGGAAACCACCAGAGGGUGAUGCAAAGGUUGUUGGACCACAUAACCCACUGUGUACGUCCUGAACAGAAUGUCUCAGCUCUAAGCUCCGUAGCAACCAAAUUAUUUGAUGAAAAUGGUCAAGAAAUCAAAGACGUCUCCAGUCUGCAGAAUGAUCAAGGCGUUUGGAUCUCAUACGGGGAAAAUUUCAGAGAUCCAAAUAUAUACUGCCUGCAGUUAACACUUGACAAGGCCAGUGGAUAUUGUUUGUAUGGAUCUCGCAAUGUGGCAAUGAGAGAGCCAAUUCUGGCUGACGAAUUACCCCCUGGCAAAGAAAAAUCCAGCAACUGGGAGGCGAGUAUUGGAUUUCCUGUACUGUAUGACAUUGAGCAUAUUGAUGAGGAUACCGACCCAAUGAAGCGUGACAGAGUCAUGACGGCCUUGAAGAGCCAGGAGAUUGAUACACGUGAUCAUUUCUUACAAGAUAAAGAUUCACUACAAGUGGUUCUCUACCCUGAUUUGAUUGUGUCACUGAAAAGAAAAGUGGGAGACAAAGAUAUUUGGCCACCUAAGUCACAAGUCUGGGUGAUUAGUAAGAAAGGUGUAAUAUAUUGCCGUGCAAUGUCUUCAGUAGCGUUGACUUUAGGUGAGAGGUGUAGAAUUGAUAAAAUGUUCCCUGAUGGUGAGACGGCUGCUCAGGGCUAUGCCAUUACCCUGGACAAGAGAAGUACUGAUAAUCCAACACAGCAAUGGGGGUUCAGCCCUGAAGGAUUCAUUUACUCUUUGACUCAGCCAGAAUUGGUUCUCACUUACAUCCCCAAACCUGCCAAUGCAAACAAUGAUGAGUUGCAAUUUGGAGGCGAUACUGUUAACAUACAGGACUUCGAGAAUCACCCUGAACAACAACCCUCUGGAGAGGAUGGUACAGGUGAAAAUGACAAAGGUUUCCCAGGUCAUAACUUCAUGGUGGCUGCUAUUGGAAAACUGCCAACCAAACACCCAUGGGCCAAGGCACAAAGGUGGGCCUUGAAACAAGAGAGGAUUGAUAACCUAGGCCAGUGGAAGCAUUCAACCGUUCAAAACCCACUCUGGAACAAACUUGCUUACUCUUGGCCAGUCACAGAAGAGGGAACAUGGAAUGAAGAAUUCGAUUGGCCAAUGGAAGCUUUCCUCAUUCCAUUUGCCCCGCCCAUAAAAGUCCGUAAAAGUGAUAAGGGAGACAAGAAAGGAGGACAUGGGACUGUGGCCUUAAGAUUACGUGUGCUUAAAAAUGGAGAGAAGGAUGAAAACAAAGCCAGUUAUGUAGUUGGACCUGAUCUAAGCAAUAUGAUGCGGGAUCUCAACAGGACUGGAGUGAAUGGGAAACGUCCACAUCGACGAUCAAAAUCAUACGAUAGACCAGCUGCUGCCCAAAAUGGGGAUGCUGAGGAUGAGCGUGUAGAGGACAACAAACUGAAUCAUCUGGAGUUCCAAUUGUUUUUAGAUCGCUGCACUUCUCUUUUAAAUCUGUCAAGUGCCACUCGUCGACUUUUUGACAGUAGUGGCAAGGAGUACAAGAACCUGGUUGGAAUUGAAAGAGAUCAACUGGUGUAUGUUUCAUGUGGUGAGCCAUGGAAUGAUCCUAACCAGUCCGCUCAAGAUCAGCAGCGACGGAUGUUGCUGGCAACACUCUCAGCAGAUAUUGAACAAAUGCAGGAGUUCUUGUCACUUAGAGACACAAUAGAUUAUGUUCUUGAGAAGGAUCAUGACAGCCAAAGAUUAGUAAUAAAUAAAUGCUGUAUGACAGAAGAAGAGAAAGAGAAAAUGGUACAAGGACCCUCACCAGAACCAAGUGAUGGAAGUGAAGAAGAGAAAGAUGAAGAAGACCCACACUCCAAAAUGAGUUACCAUCAACGUGCACAUGCCAAUUCUGAUCAACGAUUGGAGGGGUUGAAGUGGCCGUGGGAACGUGUUUUGAAUGCAAGUCUUGACGAGGUCACCGAAGCUAAUCACGAAAUAUAUGAAACAGAUUCACUUGCAAAAUCUAAAUCUAAAAAGAGAGCAAUAUCCCCUCGUUACAAGAAGAAAAGUGCGUCUAGUGCAUACAAGCAACGUUUUACCUUCAGAGAUGGUUUUGUAAUGCUCAAGUCUUCUCCAUACCUAGUGAUUGGCAUAUCGCAGCCAGAGCUAGAGGAAAAGUCGGAGGUUGUGCUGUGCAGGAAGGCUGAUGAUGAUCCUUCACUGAGAUGGGAAAUUACUGAAGAUGGUUUUAUCCAGUCUAAGAUCAACAGUGACCUGGUACUCGCUGUAUCAAUGCCCAGCUUCACCGGAGCCGCUAUCGAGGGCGUUUAUUGCGGUCAGGCUGUUGUAGUUCAACAUAAACAAGAUAUUGAAAAUGGACGAGCCAAUCAAAAGUGGUUAUUUGAGAAGGAAACUGGAUUUAUUUAUGCUUUCUAUGCUGAACCACUUGAUAGAGAAAUCUUGGCAGCAAACAAAGCUGGUGUUUGUACCAAUGCGGUUGUGGCUGAAAAUCCCAUCCAACAAAACGGUUAUGACCUGGUGCAGAGUAAGGUUGAUGGUGAUGUUAAGGUGUGCGUAGCCUGUGCAAGGGCCAUGAGAGGCAACUAUAAACUCAAAAAACAAGAACACACAAAUCCCUUCAUAUGCGCUGUAGGCCUAGCCCCUAAAAUGGGCCUCAAACUCAUCGGCAGUUUUCAGUGCCUCAGUGGCAAGGUUGAUUUGUCAACAUUUGAAGCUGAAAACACAGUUAUUCAAUAUGAGAAGGAGCUCCGAAGACUAAAACAAAUGACGAGUGCGCGCCUGAUUGCGCGCGAAAUCUCGGCAUAUCAACCUAUUCAAUCGGUACGUAUGUUGGCUUACAAGAACGGUGAAGGACGCAGCAUGGAUCCCGUUGUUAUCAUUGCAAGUACAAUCAGAGGGAUUCUUGAUCAGUGCACAUACCAACUUCAACUUAACGUCGCAGCUCGCCGACUUUAUUCCCAAGACGGCACACUUCUACUGUCCAUUCCAGACAUGAUUAAAUGUAACUUGGUUCAACAAGGCUUAGAGAACCUUGAUAUCAGCGGAAACCAAGAUAGAAACAGAAGAUCUUCAAACUCAAAAAAAAGUAGUGCAGACACAAAGGUUGCUAUGGCAAUGAGAAGGCCCAUAGAAGUGUGGGUUUCAUGUGGCGAGCCUUUCGUCAGUCCAGGAUGCUUUGAUCAUCGGAGAAGCUUACAAAUGCAACAGAGAGAAGAAAGAGCUCAAGUUAGUUUGGAGCUGGAUAAAGAAAAACACAUCCUAAGACAGAUGCAAGGACGUCGCACAGCCCAUCUUGAUGGGCCAGACUUUAAAGGUACUAUGAGUCCAGAACAUCCAGUUGCUUUAGAGGGAGGAUGGACACAGCCUUCAAGUACUGAGAUUAAGAAGUCUGUACAGGUUCAUCAAUUAGAGAAUCAUUUAACAGAAAUGAAAGCUCAGCAAAGAGUUAAGCAAACAACCAAGCCAAUUGUCAACCCAAAUAAAAUGCUGUAUAAGCAGCCUAAUGUGAAACGAGUGUUGGUGUAUCGCAAUGGAGAAUAUCCUGAAAAGGCUACCUAUGUUUGGGGCAACAGUAUGGGCAACUUACUACAGGAGUCUACCGGUCGACUGUCCAUGCACAUGCCUGCAAAACGAGUGUUCACUGCUUCCGGGCAACAAAUAGAAUGUUUUGAGGAUAUCCAGCGUGACCAGGUUGUUUGCGUGUCAGCAGGCGAAGCAUUCAAGAACAAUAAAGCUGGAAGUAGGCAGCAAAUUGAAAUAAAAGCAACUUGGUCAAGAACUCGGAAGCGGGAAGGGAUAGAAGCUACGGAUAUCACUGUCACAUCCACAAGACAUCCUGCUGUGGAGGUUGAUCCGUUUGGACCUCCCUCGCUGGCUUUACCCCUCCACUCUGCUAUUAGCAAUCAACCUCAUAACCCUUAAAGAAUCUCAACCAAGGAACAACAGAAUAACUAGAGCUAUGGUAACUAAAUAAAAAUGUAAUAGCUUUUAAGCUGCAAGUCAACAUCAACAGAGGUUUUAAUUUCUAAUUAUGUGACUGCAAUCAAUUUAAUUGAAAGACUUUAACAAUAAUUAUCAGUUUAUAAAAUUAUUGUGAUUACCAUACUUAAUUAAGUGUACUUCAAUAAGUUUAAUUAAUGUAAAUUAAUCAUAUAGAAGAAGUGUUUUUAUAAGAAGAGGGUUUUUAUAAUUUACUAGGGUAUGAGGGAUCAUUUCCUCUCCACUGUGUGAGUGAAAACAGUACUUUUUUAUUCAUAGUUAUAGUUGAUAUGCAGCUGAACUUAAAGAUAUACUGCCAGUAUUGAGGUAAUUUAUAUGAGGCAUAACAUUUAAUUUGAAUCGCAUACGUUGUUUAGAUUAUAUAAGGCAAACCCUGAAAAGAGCAAACAUUUCGUAAUUUAUUCUUUCAUUUUUAGAAAUAAAUGUGUGAAUAUUCUGACUUUGAAUGAAUUGUUUUAGGGCUUUUAUAGAAUGUUAUUACAGGCAGUAUGUCUUUUAGCUCGCCAUCAAAAAUGCUUACUUGCUUACAGUCUUACAACAUAGUGCUUGUUGUGUGUCUGUACAUGGGUGUGUGAUAGUUGGUCUAAAUGUGUGUGAAAAAUUUAUUAUGAACUGGCCAGAGCUGUCUUAAAGUCUAUUCACACUAUCAGUUUGUAUAUGUGACAAGUACCUGUGAUUUGCCAUAUAUGGGGAUGAUAUUACAUGAUCAUACCAAAGACAGCAAAGAUGUAAAAUUGUUCCCUUAAUAGUGGUUUUUGGCAUGUUUUUGUAUAAUGAUGACAUAGAUUCUUUAUAAUUUUAUUUUAAUUGACCUAAAAAUGAGUUACAGUUAAUUAUAACUAAUUUAUAACAAUAAUUUUCAAUGCAAAAAAGAAUUCAUUUAAAAUAUGAAAUCAACAGAUAUGUAAUUAAACCUACAAAAUUUGUGCAUGUUCCCGAUAUGGUUUUUUUAUUCGAGUGCAAUGUUAAUGACCAAAUAUUCUUUUUUUAAGUAUUGAGCUCUCUAUUGAAUGCACAAGAUAGAUUACCUUUAAUAAAUGUUACACACUUAAAAAUCAGGGUGCGGGAUGUCCGGAUAGAUUAGAAUCCUAUAUCAAAAUACUGUACACAAAACAAGAAAUCUCCCAUCGUUAAUGGUCAAAAUUGAUUUUAUUUCUACGAAGUAACAUGUGCACUAGGCAUUCCAAUGCCCAUUCUAAGGAUGGACAAAAUUCUGGUUUGGUGUUAAGUUUAUUGCUCAAAAGGUGUCAAAAUAUAAAUUUGAAUGAUUUUUUUUUUAUUUUCGUGAAGACUGUAGUUGUUUUGAUACAGAAAAAAAGUGUCCCAUUAAUAAGGGUGAAAUUGUAUUGAUUUGACCAUUUUGCACACUCGAAAGGUGUCCCCUUAAAGUGUCCCCUGAAUAGGGGUGUCCAAAAGGAGUGGGGGGGGGGGGUUCCACUGUAUAUGGACAAAAAAACUUGUCUCAGAGAAAUAUGAUUGUGUGGACAGACACUUAGCACAGCCUCAGCUACAAUCAAAUAUUAAUUGUAAGAUCUUUGAGUUAUAGCUUGGAAGUGGUACUUUUAUACAAUCUAUUUUAGUUUCUGACCUUUAAGCAGAGUAAGUUUACGAUAAAAAAACUGAAAGAGGAAAGUUUGCUAAAAGGUUAAGAUGAUUAAAAACAUGAUUGUGUUUAGUUUCGUUUCUUAAUAUAGAUUUUAAUCAAGCAAUAUAAUUAAAUUCGUAAAAUUUCCUGUUUCUUGGAAAUGGUAUCAAUGAUAAAUUAACCAUUUGAAGAUGUCAUUCAGUGGCUUUGUUUUCUUUGUGUAGUUGGGUAAGAGUUCGGUAAAAGUGCAUUCCACAUGGCUUGUCAUCUAUAUAGCACAUUUCUAACAGCAGUACGAUAACAGUGUAGAUAUAAACAAUUAUACUAUACUUCACGAAUGAAGCUAAGACAGUCUAUUGCCUUAGCUCAGGUAUAUCCAUUUUAAUAUAGGAGAAUGAAUUACUUUAAAUUAAUAAAUGUUAAUUUGUAUAGUAAAUACAAGUAAUAUAAAUAAUAAGAAGAAUGAUAAUAUUAAAUUAAAGAUAAUACAUAAUAAAAAGAAUAUUACAAUAAAAUAAGAAUUAAUAAUAAUACAAGGGCAGAUCCAGGAUAUUUUUGCUAGUGAGGGUGGUGAUGGGCUAAUCAAGGAACUAUGUAUAAUAUCACCUUCAAGUUCUUAAGAUAGCUAUUUCAAUCUCAUAUCUUUAAAGGUUCAAAUAUUGUACAGAGAUGUAUGGCUGCUUCCACCCUGUACCUGUAUAAUAAUUACAAUCAUUAUAAAUUUAUAAUAUAAUGAUAAAUUUAUAAUAAAGUAGUAAAUCAAUAGUAAUGAUAAUAAAUAUAACAGUACAGAAUCUUAAUUUAGAAAUGUAUUUUAAUAUCGUGGCUAAGAUUUAGAACAAAUCUGGAGAUGAGAUGUAAAUAGAUGCUGAUGCUUUUGUAAAUAUUAAUGGUUUUUAAAAAUAUAUGUAUAUCGGUCGGUUUAGAUUUCUAUAGCUUUAUGUGAAACCAGUGUGUUUUAUAAUAUUAUAAAACGUCAUAUCGUGGUAUAAAAUUUCAUCUGCCAUUUGGAUAUGAAUGAGUGGGCGACGACAGUGGCAGGAUGUAGACCUUUCAGGGAGGGUGGCAUAUGGACGUUUGCAAAGGGUUAUUAGAUAAAACAGAUUAUAAAAUGAAUAAGUUUCAGAUUUGAUCCUUCGACCAGAUUCUACUUGCCUUUUAAAAGAGAAUAGCUAUAAUCGUUGUUGAGUUGAGUUUCAUAAUUACCUGAAAUAAAAUAUUUUUUGGUGAGUGAAAA